AAAGAGAAAUUGUUAUCUCAUAACAAAAAAUUCACUUCAAACUAAGCAGAUAAAAGCAAACGCGGACGCCACUUCGUUGCCGCUGUCGCCGUCGCUACCUCUGCCUCUGCCUCUGUCUCUGCCUCAAUUGCAGCAUUAACAAAAAUGUGGAUAUCAUCCAACAACAAAUACGGCGUUGCUAUUCACAAUUGGAAUGGUGAUGUCCGUUAUGGUCUCCCGAUCGACGUUGGCGACUCUGUCGAAAUCUUGGAAGAGUGCAAAAAUUGGUAUCGCGGUACAUGUGCGCGUAAAUCUCGUGCUGUCGGCAUUUUUCCCAAAACCUAUAUACACAUUAAGGAUCUGUCGAAAAUUGAUCCCGUUGUUGCCGAGUGUACACAAGUACUGCGUGAAUGGUCGGAAAUAUGGAAGAAACUUUUUGUGGAUCGCGAAACAUAUAAAUUCCACACACUGCGCAAGGUAAUGUUAUCCAUAUUGGAGUGCCGCCGCGAACUAUUGGGGGCCACACUGACGCAGGAUCAAACUUUGGAAUUGCAAACAUUGGUUGUGUCGCGUAUCGAUUGGGGAAAUCGAAAACUCGGCUUAGAUCAAGUGCCACGCAUCGGUCCACUCGCUAUCGAUCCGCACAACAUUGGUAUUGUAGGACUAUAUAAUGUGCAUGUGACUAGUGCAGACAACGCCAAAGCAUCAUCGAGUCGCGGAACGUUGCGUCGGAAAGUUCAACGUAAAAUACUCACACAUCAUCUGUACUUUUGUAUGCGUGAUUUUGGCCAUCGCAUCGGCGGCGAUGAUGCUGAGGUCUACUUCUUCCUAUACGAUGCCAAUCCAAUGCGCAUGCGUGCGCUGUCGGAACGUUUUUUGGUUAAAAUCUCUAAAGAUGGUUUCUCGAAUUACAUCGAAAAGUUGCAUAGCAAUUGCACAGUCUUCACCGAUUUGGGCGCUGUCGAUUUGAAUGAAGACUUACAUUUGGUUGCGGUGGUGAUGCGUGUGGGUAAAAUCAUUCCCUCGGAGACAGGCAAAAAAGUUGAGAAAAAUAAUAGUCUCUGCUGCACGAGCCCCACCUACCGGCGACCCUUUGGUAUGGGCGUACUGCCACUAAACGAUAUAACACACUAUGAUAGCUCUGUUGAGGCGGAGGAGAAAGAGUAUAAUUUUAAGAUUUACCAAUGCGAGGAGAAAGACUUCCAUCAAUUACACGAAUUAAUUAUUAAGAAAUCAAAUGGCAAAUUUUCGCCAAUCACCUCAGGCAAUCAAAAUACACAGGGCAUUGUUGUUUCGCUUAAGCUACUGCAUGGCGGCCUCGGGCAGGCGCGUCAAGAGCAACCGCUGCUCUUUCAGGGCACGACAAUCACACGUAAAAUGGGUUUUCCCGAUGUCAUUAUGCCCGGCGAUGUACGCAAUGAUCUCUUCAUCACACUGGAGCGUGGCGAGUUCGAACGCGGUGGCAAGAAUACAGCGAAAAAUAUUCUAACAACAGUGGUUGUGCUCGAUACGGCUGGUAAUAUUCUGACGGAUUGUUUGUGGGGCGCCUCUAGCAUGGAUCCGCAGAACUAUUACAAGUCCAUGAUUUUGUAUCAUCAGAAUUCACCUUGUUGGAAUGAAAUGCUGCGAUUGAGUGUGCCCAUUGAUAAAUUUUCUGUGGCGCAUGUGCGUUUCGAAUUUCGUCAUUGUUCGACACGUGAUAAAUCAGAUCCAAAGCUCUUCGGUUUCAGCUUUGCGCGUCUAAUGGAUGCAAGCGGUGCGACACUCACCGAUGGACAACACGAGUUGUAUGUUUAUAAAUGCGAGGAUCCGGCAAAAUUGCAUGCAGGAAAUUAUCUGAAAUUGCCAAGCAAAUCGAAGGACCCACAUGCCAAAGUGGACUGCAGCUCUAUAUUCCAUCGCAGUUCGAAGGAAGUUUUUGUUAUGAAAUCACUGCUGUGUUCCACUAAACUAACGCAAAAUGCUGACCUGCUCUCCCUACUACAGUGGCGCACAAAUCCCGAAAGCAUACAGGACUCACUCACCGGCGUGCUGCGCUUAAACGACGAAGAACUGGUUAAGUUUCUACAAGACGUACUCGACGCACUAUUCGCUAUGUUCUCCAAUGAAGAGGGCAACAGCACUGAGCAUUCGGGCUUGGUCUUCCACGUACUGGUCAGUAUUUUUAGCGUGUUGCAAAGCAACAAGUUCCAACAUUUUCGUCCCGUAAUGAAUGCGUACAUUGAGAAUCAUUUCGCUGCUGCGCUCGUCUACAAAGGCUUGAUAACAUCGGUGGAGCAUAUGGCCGUUUUUAUGACUAAGGCUGAACAUCCCGAUCCAUUCCAGAAAUGCUUCAGUUCGUUGGAGUAUAUCUUUAAAUUACUAAUACAGUCGCGUAAGCUGUUUGCGCGCGCUACGGGCGGUCAAUACGAGGACUCAUUUCGUCGUGAUUUACAUUCACUUUUUACUGCGCUUAACGGCAUGCUGGCAGUACCAUCGUAUGAUGUUAUCAUACCGACACAAGAGGCGCUGCUAAACUCUACAGGUGUGGUGCUCGAACAACUGAAGGACACAUUGCCUGCGCCGGAGCUGGGUAUGUUGGCUCGAAAUAUGCUGGAUGCCAUACCCAGAGAUGCUCCUGUGCGCUUGAUACAGGCUAAAUUGAAUGCGGUCAAGGAUCUGGUGUCGGGAGAACUGUUUCACGAAGAUGAUUCACGCACUGUGGUGCUCUCGGUUGCCUGCAAACAUUUACGCAUGCACCUCGGACGCCGUGACGAGUUAUUACUCUGCGCUGAAAUUAUAUCUGAAAUUCUAAAUCACCUCUAUGACUUACAACGCCAACAGCGCGAAAAGGUAACAAACACCUUGCAGCACGACUUGGACUCGCUUUGUAAAAAUAUACUUGGCAUUCUUAUCAAAACCAUAAACAUAAUGAUGGAUGGUGCCAACAAUGUGCUACCACAAUUGGUCGCCUGUCUACUUGGUCUACUGCAACUACUCGAUGAGACUCAUUAUAAACACUACUGGGAUGAAUUGAGUCCCAAUAAAGAUCCACGUGAUUUAAAAGAGUUUCUCACCAAAUCUCUUGUGGUGUUUGAAGAGCUCCUCUCACAAGAUUGGCUAGUAUUCCCCACAGAUUGGCUUGUGAUGAAAUUGGCGUCUAACGAUGUGUUGCGUAAAGCGCUGGAAGAAUUUGCCAAACCAUUGGUUUAUCGUUUUCUCGGUCCGCAAUCCUUCGACUCACCACUCUGGUGGUCCUAUUUUAGUUUAGCUGUAACAUUUCUAACACAACCUUCACUACAAUUAGAAAAGUAUCGUGAACCGAAACGGCGAAAAAUUUUAAAUACUCACGGUGAUAUGCGCGUACUAAUGGGCUUCCAAAUACUCAGCAUGUGGUCGCAAUUGGGCGAACAAAAGUUACAUUUUAUACCCUCAAUGGUUGGGCCGUUCUUGGAGGUGACGCUCGUGCCCGAGCAAGCGCUGCGAAAGGCGACACUAACGGUUUUCUACGACAUGAUGCAGUGCGAACAGAGCGCACGUGGUUCCUUCCGAUUGGUGGAGAGCGAACUUAUCGAUAAAUUGGAUUUGUUGAUAAGUGAAAAUAAGGGCGACGAUGAGUAUCGUGAACUUUUCAGCACAAUUUUACUUGAAAAAGUACAAACGGAAAAUCCCGGCUGGAAGGAGUCUGGCAUAGCAUUCAUAGGAUCGGUUACACGUUUGCUGGAGCGUCUUUUGGACUAUCGCAGCGUCAUGCAAGGCGAAGAAAAUCGUGACAAGCGAAUGUCCUGCACCGUGAAUUUAUUGAAUUUCUAUAAAAAUGAGAUUAAUCGCAAAGAGAUGUAUUUGAGAUACAUCUAUAAACUACAUGAUCUGCACUUGCAAGCGGAGAACUUUACUGAAGCCGGCUAUACGCUCAAACUUUACGCGAACAUGUUAAAUUGGGAUCGUGAAUCACUUUGUUAUGCGCCAAACGAUAAUACCGGCCAGCCAGAGUGGCAACGAAAGGAACGGCUCUACCACGAGAUUUUAAAAUAUUUCGACAAGGGCAAGUGUUGGGAGAAGGGCAUACCGUUAUGCAAAGAAUUGGCUGUGCUCUACGAAACACGUCGCUUCGACUAUAACAAACUUAGUGAGAUUCUAAUAUUGGAAGCGAAAUUCUUCCAAAAUAUAUUGACGCAGCUGCGGCCAGAGCCGGAGUAUUUCCGUGUCGGUUUCUAUGGACAGGGAUUUCCGUUAUUUGUGCGCAAUAAACAAUUUGUCUAUCGUGGCCUGGAGUAUGAACGUAUCGGUGCUUUCACACAACGCUUACAAACCGAAUUUCCUACAGCUCAGAUUUUAACUAAUAAUAGUCCACCCGAUAACUCGAUCCUUACUGCUCCCGAACAAUAUAUACAAAUUAGUAAUGUGCGACCAGUUGGUGAUGCGCAGGCUUUGAAGACAGCAAUGGUGCCAGUUCCAGAGAAAAUCGCUAGAUUCUAUGAGGUCAACGACGUGACACGUUUCAUCUACGAUCGCCCCAUCUAUAAAGGUCCCAUAGACAAGGAUAACGAAUUCAAGUCUCUGUGGAUCGAACGGACCAAACUAGAAAUAUCCAAUCCACUUCCCGGCAUACUGCGUUGGUUCGAGGUGAAACAAAAGACAGUCCACGAAAUCACACCUGUCGAAUUUGCCUGCGAAACAAUGAAUAACGUGGGCAAAGAAUUGUGGGAUCUCAUUGUGCAAUAUCGCAGCGAUCCAAAGCGUAACAUAAACCCCUUCUCGAUGCGUCUGCAGGGCAUAAUCGAUGCCAAUGUGAUGGGCGGUAUAAGUAAAUAUCAGGAGGCAUUUUUCUCCGAGCAGUUCCUUAAAUCGCCACAGGGUCAUGGCCAACAGGCAAAUGUGCAAAAGCUGAAAGCGCUCAUUUUAGAGCAAAUACAAGUGCUUGAACAAGCUUUAGAACUACAUGGUACACUGGCGCCAGCGGGGGUGCAGCCACUGCAUAAUCGCCUGCUGGAACGUUUUUCACAACUGAAACAGAGCCUAUCCGGCUUGGGACGCCUAAAGCGUCAGCAUUCGGAGAGUAUAGUAAAUACUCCCCUACCACCAUUACCAACAGAGAAUCGUGCCAUGACGCUGGGUAACCCAAACAUGUACACGGGCGCUUCGAAUUAUUAUGGCGUCUAUGAGCAAGAUGAUAUUUAUACACGUCCGGGUGAUACAUUGCGACCGGUCGAAGCCGCAAAUACCUUGCUUAUAAAUAACUCAUACCAAACUUUGAGCAAUGAAAGCAUGAGUAUACCGGAAGUAACGCGUGAUAAAGUGCCACCGGUGCCGAAUCGACCGCGCUCGCAGAAUUUCAUGGCUAACUUGGAUGGGCCCGAGGUACCACCUAAACGCAACCCCAAUCAGCCGAGCUCACCUAGCGCGCCGCCGCUACCACCACGUGGCAUAACACCGGAUAAACGCGCUUCAAAUCCUUUGGCUAAUAUUAAUGAUUUUUCCAACAGUCAUUACCCCACUGCUGGCUCCAUACCACGUCGACCCGUAUCGGCACACCAUCAGCAGCAGCAACAACAACAACAGCAACAACACGAGCACGGUCAGAAAUAUUCCGUCGUCGAUAUCAGUUUCGAUGACCCCGAAGCAGAUCAACCGCCACACACCCAAACCAGUGUUGGCGAGACCUCCACACACAAUGCGGUCGCCAGCUGUGGCUAUGGCCCAAAUGAUUUUCGAGACUCCGGCAUUUCCACAACGAGUUCACAUGAGCUAAAUAAUUUGAAUAACCUCAGUGAAGAGUCGUCCAGCAACUCACUAAGCACCGUACACCAUCGCGAUCACUGUCGCAUGACAUCGAAUGGUAGUUUGGACAGCGCGUACACCAUCAACGCUACACUAAAUAUUAGUCAACGUGAAAAUUCAGCAAACUCCUUUGACAUCGAAGAUCUACCAAUGCCACCUCCACCACCCAUACCACCAAAAUCGCUUAAUAUUAUCGCCUCCACAGACUCCUCUUCCCUUGACGAGCAGCAUUCGCCGCUGCCCAAAGCAAAUCAAAUUCACUCGGCAACUGCUCAUCAUUCGCACACGCAUUUACCAAAUCAAUCAUCCAAUAAUUUGCAACAAAAUUUAAAUCACAUCAGUCAUAGUCAGAAUUGUCCACAGAAUGGCAUUGGCGCUAACGGAAACUAUUUGGCAUCCAAAAAGAGUGACGCCAGCGGUGGGAACAAUGCAAACGCUAGCGCCAGCCCCAACGCCAGCGCUACCAACAUCAAUGAAAUCCCCAAUGAUGGCGGCACUUUUUGAGUUGCAAUAUGUCGCUGCCAUCAGCCGGUACUGCGGCCCCUAGCGCCACUCGCACCACUCGCACCACUAUCGCUGCCAUCGACUACAACGACUGAGACGGAAACGGAGACCUCAUCAACGACACAAACACCUUCACCAACAACAACAUCACCACCACCACCACCACCACCGCUGCCGCCACUACUACGCUCCACACAAAACAGAGCACACAUAGCAGCUGGUCACACAUUAUGUCGACCAUGCAAGACACCAAUCAAAAGCGUAAGCACCAACACCUCAUUGUCAUCAUUACCGACUAACAACCAAACUGAAUUGCAUUCAUCAUUAACACAACCAUACCAACAACAACAACUUUACAAUCAUCAUAAUCAUCAUUAUAACAGCACUACACAUUAUUGUCACGACUGUCUCUCCUCACCAUCACCACCACCAUCCGUUACGGCAACCACCAUAACAGAACAGGCAGUAGUGCAUGCAUCCUCGUCGCUAUCCUCAUUGCUUACACCACCACCAUUGCCACCGCUACCAACGCUUCAUGUGCCAUCCAAGCCAACAAUACAAAUUGAGACCUCAACGUCAGCACCAUUGCUGGAACAUUGUUCCUGUGGCUUGACAUUCACUGUGGAACCUGUGGAGGCUAUCUACGAAUUGUCACCGCGUGCUGUGCACUUUGAAUCGCCCAUUCAGUCGACUACACCACAAUAUGGCAGCCAAAGUGUAUACAGCAGUACUAGUAGUAAUGUAUAUGAA